CAACGCUGUUUGAAAGUUGGAUGAAUGGCCUCAGAGAAGACUAAGCUUUCCUCCUCUAAAGUGCUCCUAAAGUCUCUGAAAUGUACCGUAUACUUGGACAUUCAGACAGUCACAUGUCCAGGAGUGCUCCUAACCAGAAACAACCACGUCUACCUCAGUGUGUGUAUCAUGGGCCAGUACAGGAAGACUCCAUGUUUGCCACCUGUGUUCCCUUUACUCUUCCAACACAAAAUGGUAUUUGUCAAGACUUUCCCCGGUGUUGUUGACCCUGCUGAUGUAGCUGACCUCCUGGAAGCUGACACAACAUCUUUUGAGCUGAUUCAGUUGGUGCCUCCAGAGGGCGAGGUCCUUGCCACGUUUGAGGCGAGCAGCAGAGAUUUCCUGUACCAUGGUCUCAGACUGAGCUCCAGGGAAGGAGCUGCAGAGAGAGAGAUACUGAUGAAGAGAUCCUCCUCCUUUCCUGGAAUCUCCCCCAAAGUGGAGUUCGCUACAACAUCAGUCAUAGAAGAAAGUGAUGGGAGAGACAGCUGGCCUGCCUCAUCAACUUGCUGUCUUUCUCCAGUGAGGACAUCUUUAACCCCAUCCAGACAGAGUUCAUCAAAAAAGUCUUCACUAUCCAGGAGGCAUUUUUCCAAAAUAGAUGAUGCAAACUGUGUCUCUAAGAAAGGUGGGAAGGAAAAGAUGAAUGUUGGAAAUGCUGGAAUUACAAACUCUGCAUCAUCCUCAACAUCCAGACACUCCCUGUCCUCAUCCCAAUCUGGCCAAAGUCCCCAGAAAAACAAGAAAGAAAGAAUAAACACCUCUCCUAGAGUUCCCGUAGAGUCUGGCUACCAGCAGCCUACAGUUUCCUCAAAGACACGCGCCUUGUCCCCUUAUACCCACCGCAAGAUGUGCCAGCUUUCAGAGGAUGCCAGGCAGAGGCUCAGACAUCUCCAGCUGGGGCCGCACUACUUCAGGAAGGAGACUGAGAGCCAGCCGCCCUUCUUGGUCUCUCGUUGCAGUAGUGCCUCUGUGACGGGAACUCCUUCCUCCUCCUCACAGAUUGGUAGCAUUCACCAACGCCACGUCAGCUUCAGAGCUGAUCACACAGAUUCUUCUCUCCUGGGGAGUUACAGACCAAGAACAGCCAGAGUGAAAUCAGGUUCUGUUAGCAUCCAGUCGUCUCCAGAGACACAGUCCAGACUUGAAGCUCAGACCAAAAGCCCUGUGAGGGAUGCUGCCUUUGCUCCGUCCACCCUGUCCAACUCCAGAAGUCCUCUGAAUCUCAGCUAUUCCCUUAGAGAAAGGCUCCAGACCAGUCAGCCCCAUCCCUCCUACUGCGAGCAGAUCCACAGCCGCGUCCAGAGGAUUCUUCAGACACACAAAACCACCUGGAACCACCACCAAGUGACUCUUGACCUUUAACUGACUCAUUUGCCCACAAGGUGACCAAAC